GGGCGGGGACUGGUCCGUGUCUCGUGCACCACUGUCCACACGCCACACUGUCAGCAGCACGGCUCGUGCAGCGGCUGCGGAGGAGGGCGUGAGCGUGCGCGAGGAAACCGGGAAGCAAGCAGACAGCGACGUCAAGACGUCCGUCUCGAGCGACAUGGCAGACCCCGCAGUCCCAGAGCGCAGCGAUGGAGACGGCGCGGAGGGCGCGCGGGGCUUCGCCAGACAGGGAGCUCUGAGACAGAAGAAUGUGCACGAGGUGAAGGAGCACAAGUUCAUCGCGCGCUUCUUCAAACAGCCGACGUUCUGCAGCCACUGCACCGAUUUCAUCUGGGGAUUCGGCAAGCAAGGCUUCCAGUGUCAAGUGUGCUGUUUUGUGGUCCACAAACGCUGUCAUGAGUUUGUCACCUUUUCCUGUCCUGGGGCAGACAAAGGACCAGCGUCAGAUGAUCCUCGUAGUAAGCACAAGUUUAAGGUGCACACGUAUUCCAGUCCCACGUUCUGUGACCACUGUGGAUCACUGCUGUACGGCCUCAUUCACCAAGGCAUGAAGUGUGAACACUGUAUGAUGAAUAUCCAUAAGCGAUGUGUUGCCAACGUUCCAAGUCUUUGUGGAACCGAUCAUACAGAGAGGAGAGGACGCAUCCACAUCACGGCCCUGAUCAAGAACGACACACUCACGGUCACCGUGCAGGAGGCUCGUAACCUGGUGCCCAUGGACCCAAACGGCUUGUCGGACCCUUAUGUGAAGCUCAAGCUGACCCCUGACCCCAAGAGUGAGAGCAAGCAGAAGACCAAGACCAUCAAGUGCUCCCUGAACCCCACAUGGAACGAGACCUUCAGCUUUACUCUUAAGGAGGUGGAUAAGGAUCGACGUCUCUCUGUGGAGGUGUGGGACUGGGAUCUGACCAGUAGGAACGACUUCAUGGGCUCUCUGUCCUUCGGCAUCUCGGAGCUGCUCAAACAAGGCGUCAAGGGAUGGUUUAAACUCCUAGGACAGGAAGAAGGUGAGUACUUCAACGUUCCUGUACCUGAUGAAGAGGACGGCAAUGACGAACUACGCCAAAAGUUUGAGAGGGCUAAGAUUGGUGGAGGCUCAGAGACGGACGGCUUCUCACCCAAUGAGAUCUCCAACUACGAUGCCAACGGCAACCAGGACCGCAUGAAGCUCUCCGACUUCAACUUCAUCAUGGUCCUGGGAAAAGGCAGCUUUGGAAAGGUGAUGUUGGCUGAGCGUAAGGGCUGUGCAGAUGAGCUGUAUGCGGUGAAGAUCCUGAAGAAGGACGUGGUGAUCCAGGACGAUGACGUGGAGUGCACCAUGGUGGAGAAACGUGUGCUCGCCCUGUCAGGAAAACCACCCUUCCUCACCGCACUCCACUCCUGCUUCCAAACCAUGGACCGGUUGUACUUUGUGAUGGAGUAUAUUAAUGGCGGAGACCUCAUGUACCAGAUUCAACAAGUGGGCAAAUUUAAGGAGCCGCAUGCAGUGUUCUAUGCAGCAGAAAUUGCCAUUGGACUGUUCUUCCUUCACCUAAAGGGCAUAAUUUACCGGGAUCUAAAGCUGGAUAAUGUCAUGCUGGACUCCGAGGGUCACAUUAAGAUAACAGACUUUGGAAUGUGCAAAGAGAACAUGGUGGACGGCAUCACAACCAAGACCUUCUGUGGUACACCUGACUAUAUCGCCCCAGAGAUUAUAGCCUAUCAGCCAUAUGGGAAAUCAGUUGACUGGUGGGCGUUUGGAGUACUGCUCUACGAGAUGCUGGCCGGACAGCCUCCGUUUGAUGGAGAGGAUGAGGAUGAGUUAUUUCAGUCCAUCAUGGAGCAUCACGUGUCCUACCCCAAGUCCAUGUCCAAGGAGGCCGUUGCCAUAUGCAAAGGAAAAACCCGGCGGGACGUAGGGAACUUUGAUAAGGAGUUCACCAAGAUGGCCGUUGAGUUGACCCCCACAGAUAAGCUUUUCAUCAUGAAUCUCGACCAGACCGAGUUCCAGGGCUUCUCCUACACUAACCCCGAGUUCGUCAUCCAAGUCUAGAACAUUCUAGAACAUUCUAGAACAUUCCAGAGUGCCCACCGUGAACAUUCUCACACAACCCAGAGAUGCCACAUUUGAACAUUCUGUCCACUACAGGGUUCCAUGUAUGAUGUUGUAUCCCAGCACAGAGUUCCAUGCCUGACGUUCUAGUCCAGCCAUACCUGACCAGAGUUCUAUGUGUCAAGUACAAACAAAGCUACUGCCCCAACCCAACAUCAACUGCCCCAAGCCACCCCCCUGCUGCUCCAACCCAACAUCAACUGCCCCAACUACCCCAAGCCACCCCCUGCUGCUCCAACCCAACAUCAACUGCCCCAGGCCAGCCCCUGCUGCUCCAACCCAACAUCAACUGCCCUAAGCCACCCCCUGCUGCUCCAACCCCAGGGCCAUCCCUCUAUAUCCCCUCCUGACUCCAGAUUAGGAGCCUCUUCUUGCAGUCCACCUUCUCCAGAUGUGUUCAGAACCAAACCAGAGAUCAGCUCGAACCAGAGACCAGCUCGAACCAGAGACCAG